CAUGCGCAGUAAACAUUUCCCCGUUGCUACCUUGACAUCAGAAACAUUUCCCCGCACAAGAAUUUCUCGUAAUCACUCACCACGCGCAAAUUGUAAUACUUUGUAAUACUCAACCUCUACCCUCGGUCAAAACAACACUACCCUUUAUCAGACAUUUCCAUUUAACGCAUGAUGGCAGCUCCCACAGUGCAUUUUAGUAAAACUGAAGCACGGGCAGUCAUGAAGUUCCUCUUCUUGCAAGGCAAAGGAGCGGCAGAAAUCCAUGGCGAGAUGAAGAAAGUCUUGAAGGAGCGCUGCCCAUCUUACUCCACAGUGAAAAUCUGGGUGUCGAGGUUUCGGACUGGUCAUUUUGAAGUCACAGAUGAACCCCGGUCGGGACGGCCAACUUCCGUGACGACAGAGGACAAAGCAGACAUUGUGCAUUUCAUGAUUCUCAAGGACCGGUGGAUUUCGGCCAAAGUCAUCGCCGAGACCCUGGGGAUUUCCCGCGAAAGAGUUGGCCACAUCAUCCACAACAUUCUGAACAUGAGACAGCGUUCUGCAAAAUGGGUGCCAAAUAGCAAAACCGAAGGACCUUCGGAAGAAGUGUGUGAAUCCGAGAAAGGAAUAUGUUCAAUAAAAUCAUAAUUAACUGAU